CUUCCAUCCACAUCCACCCACACGGCACACUGAAGAAAAUCCGCCAUGUGUGACAGAUGCAUGUGUGUUGCCUGAAAUGGUGUCCACCUGUUGGUGCCGUAACACAUUUCCUGCAAACCGAACACUGUCCAAAUGUCAUGCUAAAGCUCAGCGCUCAUGCAUGAGCCAAGACGCAGUAGAGGCAUUGAACUCGAUAUCUAGGGGAUUUAUCAUUCACACCUGGCGAAUGGAAUGUUGUUUCUAACUUAUCACACUUCUACUUCUAGCCGUUGCUUUGAGCGAGAGCUUAAAUUUUUUUCAAUUAUUCAGGGUUGGAUAUCACAUAACACCCCCCAGGGCAUCGUUGCCGGGCGGGAAGUUCUUUGUAACUUUGUUACAAUGUUGAUGUCAAGCGAGAUAUAUGUGGGUAAAACGGUUCUUCAUUCAUUUAAAAACCUCUCGAUAUCGCAAAACAUUUGCUGCCUUGCGAUCCUCUUCCUCCUUCCUCCACAACGCUUCGUUCGUACUACAGCAUCCCGGUCAAAGGCCAAAACAGCGAAAAUGACAACUCCCUGCGCCCCGAUCGCAUUUCCUCCUCUCCAUGAUACUUUCGGUUGUCUGUUCAUCGGGACAACCCUUUCUGGAGCAAUGUGGGGGGUGACCACCAUGCAAACUUAUAACUAUUUCUUGGAAUAUUUCGGAGUCGAUCGUCCUCUCUUGAGUAUCAUGGUUGGAGUGGUGUAUGCUCUGGAUACCGUCCAUCAAAUGAUGCUCUUACACUUGGUCUACACCUACCUGGUAUCGAACUUUGGUAACCCGGUCAUUUUGGGAACACUGGUCUGGAGUAUCUUGAUCAUGGUUUUGCUAACGGCGAUGAUUGGUUUAAUUUGUCAACUUUUCUUGACCUACCGUGUAUGGGUUUUGAGCCGCGGAAAGAUACAUGUCGUGGUCAUUGUUCUGCUUCCCAUACUUGGGCUAUUCUCUACUACACUUGCUUACUUUGCGAAGGCCUGGCCCUUCACUACUUUUGCGCAACUUGCCUUGGUCGGCGGUUUUUCAAAAGCGGUUAACGUGCUUGGUGCCGUGAGCGACAUAACGAUCACCAUAGCGUUAUCGAUUUUGCUCUGGUCGUCCAAGUCUGGUAUGCGAAAAACCGACGCUAUCGUCAACCGCUUGAUUCUCUUCUGUGUGAGGACGGGUGCUAUCACUACACUUUGUGCUAUUUGCUCUCUCAUCACGAUCUCGGCAUUACCCAAUACGUUCAUUUAUAUUACAUUCUACUGCACCCUCGCCCGCUGGUACACGGCUUCUCUACUUGCUACCUUAAACGCUCGCUCGGAUCUUCGAAGCCAAACCAACGCAGCCUCUCAUCACUCUUUGGCAAACGUCUCGCUCGACCAUCAUACUGGCUCCCGCGAACGAAAUCAUGGUAGGCCUGGUGACGCAGAUGUCAACGUGAGACGUAUAGCCAUCAACAAGGAUGUCGAGACUCUGAUCACGAACGAGUACGAGAUGAAGACCCAACAAGCUUUAUAAAACUUUGAAAUUGCAAAACAUUGUUCGGAUCUAUCAAAAAACGGAAAAGUUUACCCUCUCUCCCGCCCGACCAUAGUAUAAUACCUACCUACGUAUAUAGUGCCCUUUUUGUACAUGGGGACCUUGUGAAAGAGCCGAUGGGCUCUUCACGCUGUCGAAAACUUUCUUGAUAAUCCAGGGUCAACACCCCCGUUGUUCUGCUUAAUACCUCGUUGUCCCUCAUACUAAGUUCUUAGUUACCAGUAUCUCCCCGGUUGAUGUUCAUUAUCGAUUCAGAGCCGAGGGGAUUUACAUUUACAUUGUUGAUUUGCGCGUUCCUUUUAUUUUAUUAAGAUCAAUUGUUUUGUUUUCAGGUUC